AGGUUGCCGUAAAUUCUACGGGUCGGUGAUUUCCAACUACAUUUCCCCUCACCCGGCUGCAACCCGGCUUCCUUUGCAGCGGCAUAGGCACCACGUGACUUGGCUUUAACUAGAGGUUUUCAGCAGCAUUUCUUUGCGCCUAUCAUCCAGGGCCCAAUUUUCCCAUCACGGCCCUCCCUGCAACGGCUCCGGGACAUUUUCAGAGAGAUCUUCAAAGCUCCUGUUCUCAGAGAAGCCCAGGAAAGGGGCUGUUUUGUGUUCACCGUGUACGUGGGCUUUAUGAAGAAAAACAAAAACAAAACCGUGUGGCCCUAUGUGAACGAGUUAUGCUGGACCCAGAUUUGGUGGGAAAAGCAGCAAAGUGAAGUCUACUCAAGGAGCUCCUAUGAGUAAUUUGGUCAAUUUCAUGUCAGAGCAACAAACAUUCAAGAGCCCCUACUAGGUGCCAGGCUUUGAGUUAGACGUGGUGGGUAACAAGAAAAAUAAAGCAAGGUCCCUGCUAGGAAGGCAUUCAGUCUCAUGGGAAAGACAGACAUCCGGGUUCAAAGUGCACGCUGGAGGUAAGAGAGGGUGUUUGGGAGCACGGAGGUUGCCCUUGGCUCACCCUGUGGCUGAUAGGUAUCCGGGGAAAGCUCUCCAGGGAAGAUGGCAUCUGAGCUGAGUAGGAGUGAGCCAAACCAAAGAAGGGUGGGAAGGGCGGUCUGUGGAGAAGGAAUGACAGGGGAGCAGAAGCCGGAGCCAUGAAACUACUUGAUGUGUGCGGGGAACUGCGAGCAGGCUGCGAUUAUUAGCAAGGAAAAUGCCAGCGAGGGGGAGGGGCAAGAGAAGAGGCCGGAGGGGCAGGCGGGGCCACGUGAGCUUGAGCCUAAGUUGGGCCCAGCCUCCUGAGCGAAGACUAGAGACUUUAUCCUGAGGGGAGCCACAGAAGGAUUUUAAGCAGCAAAAGUCAUCCGGGAAGGCGCUGUUUAACCUGAGUUGCAGCCACCUAAAUCUUGCUGAAAAGGAAUAUUUUGGAUUAGAAUUCUGUAGCCAUUCUGGAAAUAAUGUCUGGUUGGAGAUACUGAAGCCCAUUACAAAGCAAGUAAAAAUUCCUAACUGAUUCCCCUGAUCCAUCAUGUACACUACUCCAAAGAUCCUAAGGAGGUUGUUUUCAAAUUUAUGGUGAAAUUUUUCCCAGUGGACCCCGGACAUCUUCGAGAAGAGCUUACAAGGUAUCUUUUUACUCUUCAAAUAAAGAAGGAUUUGGCUCUAGGAAGGCUUCCAUGCAGUGACAACUCUACAGCGUUGAUGGUAUCUCACAUCCUACAAUCAGAACUGGGAGACUUUCAUGAAGAAACAGAUAAGAAACAUCUGGCACAAACCCAAUACUUACCGAACCAAGACUGUUUAGAGAGCAAGAUCAUGCACUUUCAUCAGAAGCACGUCGGCAGGAGCCCGGCUGAAUCGGACAUUCUGCUACUGGAUAUAGCAAGGAAGCUGGAUAUGUACGGCAUCAGGCCUCACCCCGCCAGUGAUGGCGAAGGGAUGCAGAUCCACCUGGCUGUUGCUCACAUGGGAGUAGUGGUGUUACGGGGAAAUACAAAGAUCAAUACUUUCAACUGGGCUAAAAUCCGCAAGUUGAGUUUUAAGAGAAAGCAUUUUCUCAUCAAACUUCAUUCCAACAUUUUGGUGCUGUGCAAGGACACCUUGGAGUUCACCAUGGCCAGCCGAGAUGCCUGCAAGGCUUUCUGGAAGACUUGUGUGGAGUACCAUGCUUUUUUCAGACUUUCUGAAGAGCCCAAAUCAAAGCCCAGAACCCUACUCUGCAGCAAGGGCUCCAGUUUCCGCUACAGCGGAAGAACCCAACGGCAGCUUUUGGAAUAUGGAAAGAAAGGGAGGUUGAGGAGCUUACCAUUCGAGAGGAAACAUUACCCAUCUCAGUACCAUGAACGGCAGUGCAGGUCGUCACCAGACCUCCUCUCUGAUGUAUCAAAACAAGUGGAAGAUUUGAGACUAGCGUAUGGUGGCGGAUACUACCGAACCGCGAAUGGGGUGCGAGCCUCGGAGCCCGUGCUGGACGGUAGGAGGAGGAGCUCCGCGGCCGAGGUGACGUUUGCCGCCGCGCCAGAGCGGUCCAAACCAGAGGCGGACCCCGCAUUGUUACAUCAGUCCCAGAGCAGUUCCUCUUUCCCUUUUCUUUACACAGACCCCGAUCCCAGGGACUACUUUGAGGGAAGGAGUCCUCUGAGCUCCUUCCAGCCGAGCUAUAAGUUUGCUGACAAUCACAUGAGCACACCUGCCGGCCUCACAAGUGAAGUGAGCCCAGCGAGGCGGCUGACUUACACAGAUGUGCCCUAUAUACCUUGUACUGGCCAGCAGGUCAGUAUUAUGCCUCCCCAAGUCUUUUUUUACGUGGACAGACCACCCCAGGUGCCCAGACGGUCUCCGAUCUUGGCAGAGGAAAGGGAAAGGCCAGACAGCUCUCCAGGGCCCACUGCAACGAAGCCAGCCAAAAGGAGCCCAAGGAAUGUCAGAAUGAAGAGCUUUCAGCAAGACUUUGAAGAACUCCAAGAAGCUAUGGCCAGGACCAGUGGUAGGAGCAACAUCAACAUAGAUCUGGAAGCGGAAGACCCAAAUUUAGAAGAUGCGUUUGCAUGUAACAUUCAAGAGCAAACUCCCAAACGAUCCCAGAGCCAAUCAGAUAUGAAAACAAUCCGUUUUCCUUUUGGGUCUGAAUUUAGACCUUUAGGGCCUUGUCCUACUCUGAGUCGUAAAGCUGACUUUUUCCCAUAUAUGUUUGCAGAGCAGGAGCUUCCAACAGUUUUAAUGCAUCAGGGAGCAUCAGAAAGAUACGUAGCUAGUGAAUCCAGUGAUUCAGAAUCAGAAAUUCUUAAAUCGGACUACUACUCUUUGUAUGGCAAAGGGAUAAGGUCACCCAUGGCCAGAAUCCGCUUAUCUUCUGGUAGUCUACAGCUAGAUGAAGAGGACGAAGACGUUUCUUUCAGUACACCGACUGCUGAAGACAGGACUUUGCUAAAACCGUGUAAUUACUUUUUAGCUUAGAAGUGUGAACGCCAGGAACAUUCCUGGGCCAGUUCCAUGUUGCCAACUUAGAUUAAAAAAAAAAAAAAAAAAGGAACCUUCUCCACAAACCGUUUUCUUAGUUACUACUCAUUGGCAUUAAGGGAAUCUCCUCAGUUUGGGCACCUAGCUUAUGAAAGAUCCAGCUGCUGCCUCGUUCCUCAAUCUCCUCUCUUCAGGUUUCCUCUGAAGUGACUCUGGAACAUACCUUCUCGUCACCAGCACUGUUGUAGGGUGAGGUGGCCAUUUAUCAUCUCCAUGAUACAUUUCUCCAUAGAGACGUUAUCAGUGAAGUUCGUGCUCUUCCACAUUGAAGAAUGAGGACAGUAUGGGUUGGCAUAUAGAAUUGUGUCCUUUAGUGAUUUAGUAGAUUGUGACUAUGUUGGUCAUUUUGUUCUUAAACCAUACUGCGACUAAAGGUUCCAGUGAAAAUGUUUCUGUGACGUGUUAAAGAUUUUGAUUUUUAUAACAUAUAUUAGGGGGAGCAUGGCCCUCUGAUGUCUCAGGAACAAGAUGGUGGCAUACAUCCUCUCGGCAGAAUACAAGUUUGUGAUGCAUCUGGGACUGGGAAAAAUUCUCAACCUCGGAAAUUCAUGAAUUAAUUUCUAAAGCCAGAUAUAUGCCUGAUGAAGAUAUGAUGCUUGACUUAUUUCUCUAUUCUUAACUAUUACAUGUAGUGAAAGAUAAAAGUCAACAUGUUGGUUUAUCUACUUUCUCCUGCAAGACUUAGUUUUUUUUUUUUUUGCAUGUAUGUAGG